AUUAAUGAGUUGAAUGGACUCAAGACUCGUGGCAUUCAGACGACUAAACCGUUGACUUUUAGCGAUGACCACACGGGCCAAGUCGGCAAAGCAGCCCUCGAGGCCAUGGAGUACUUGGUGUCCGCUUUUAACGACAAGAGUUUGAGAUUAAAAGCUAUUACAUCGAAGGGAUCUCUUUUGGAAUCCAUUAAUUUCAUCAGUGAAUCAAUUACUGAUACACAGGGCAAUUCAAACGACGACUUCAUUCUCAGCGCUUGCUUUCACUUCAUUAAAGACAAACCCAAAGAAAAGGCUACGAAAGAAAGUGCUAUGAAUUCAGAUGAAUCAAACAGUAUUUUUAGAGAAGUAGUACUUUUGACGGAUGACCGCAAUUUAAGAGUCAAAUCGUUGGGACAUAACGUUCCGGUCAGAGGUUUACAGCAUUUUGUGAAAUGGGCGGCC